CCAAACCCCCUGCUCCAGACCAGACCCCAGAGAGGUGCACAGGACAAGCGAGGAGAUGAGGACCACUGCCUGCCUCAUCCUGUGCCUCCUGGGCUGCCUGGUGCUGAGCCCCUGGCUGGAAGGGGCUGAGACCAAAGCCUGUGCCAACGGCUGGCUACACUAUGGACACAAAUGCUAUGGAUUCUUCAAGAAUAAGAAGUCCUGGGCGGAAGCUGAGGUGGAGUGUCAGACCUACUGCCACAGGGCCCAUCUCGUCUCCAUUCUCAACAAGGCUGAAACAAAUGUAAUUGCUGAGUACAUCUUGAGAAAAGGUGCUAGUGGGCGAGUCUGGAUCGGGCUCCAUGACCCUUGGCAGACCAGAAAGUGGACAUGGACAGAUGGCUCCAUAUACAACUAUAAAGCUUGGAGACCGGGGCAGCCUGACAGUUGGUAUGGGGUCGAGCACUGUGCAGAGCUCUUAGCUUAUCGAGGGUAUCAGGAAUGGAACGAUAAUAACUGUAGAAACAAAAACUCCUUCAUCUGCAAGUACCAGCUCUAAGCAGGAGGUACACCAGCUCCUGGGAUGUGAGCACUUUGCAUCCAGCAGCUCGUCAAGGAGACCCAUCCUGCAAACCCACCUGCUGUGCCCCAUCCCCACACCGUUGUGCCAAUCCAUGCCAGCCCCACUCUCCUCUGCCCCCUCUUGCUCUGCUGGGCUCCUGUGUCUCCCCUCCCAUCAUCUGCAUGAUCCCAGCACAGGGCGGUGAUAAUAACCUUCCCCUUGGCAUUCAGUCCCGUGUGUGUCUCCUCUGAUCCCUGCCGGCCUAUGAAGGGGAACGUGCCAGCUGAAAUCAUGUCUGUGUGAUAAAAGUGCUUGCUGAAGUCUCUAUGAAGAUUAGCCCAAGUGUUUUUCUUGUAUUUGUUUAGAUAUUAAGCUAU